CUCGAUAGGACAGCAUUCACUGCAACGACUCCCGUUUAUCUGAGUUUAUUUACUGAUUUUUCUGAUUAUUUGGCGAAACUAUGCUGAGAAAAAGCAGUCGGUUACAAUCUACUGGCUAUUAUAAUAGUACCAACGAACCAGUCAUCUCCUAUAAGGAGACACUGCAUCAAGUUUUCAAAAGGCGUCGAUUUCAUUUCCGAAACGGCGAGGAACUUGACUUGGAACAUGACUUGGAACAUGACAUUUGUACAAGUGACGCGGAGCCUGGAUUUGGCUCAACAAAAAGAAAAACAUUUCUCCUCAUCCUUCUGGUCUUCUCUUUUGGUCUAGUCUUCAGUCUGGCAAUUUUCACCGGCAUCCCCUCUGUCAUCAUGACAAAGAUAUUCACUACAAGCUCCAAGGAGGCUUGGAAACAACUGGAGGAGCUUCAAAGUGAACUGGCCAGUCUGAAAGAGAAAUUCGACUUUGUAGUUCCGGUUGCAGACAGGUUGCCAAAUUUUGCCCUGGAGUCACUCGGAGCUAGAAUCAUUGACGAUAAGACGUCAGAAAGCUAUCCCCCUGACAAACCGUUGCUACGAAUCUUUGGUUUCACGUUGAUUUGUCCCAACCAGCGACCACGCAUAAGCCCAAGAAUCCUUCUUGAGGGCCGGGCACCAAUGCUUCCGGGUCAGUGCUGGGCGUUUGGUGGUAGCCAGGGACAGGUUUCAAUUGAACUGGCCCAAUACAUCACCAUCAGCCACGUGUCACUGGGGCACAUACCACAGAUGCUAUCUCCAGAUCUGACCGUGUCAAGUGCGCCCAGGACGUUUUCAGUAUUUGGAAAUCGACAUACUGAGGAUCCAGUCAUUUAUCUGGGUACCUUCCAAUAUGACCCAAAGGGAGGGCCGCUUCAAACAUUUAAAAUAGCUCAAUCUAACAUCAGUGUGGUGAAGUACGUGACACUACGGAUUCAUGACAACUGGGGCAACUCCCAGUACUCGUGUAUCUACAGUUUUAGAGUUCAUGGCAAACUAGCAUGGCAUGAACACUAA